GCAACAUGAGGACUCAGACUCAGACUCAGAGGAGCUUUUGGAAAAGAAGGGCGCUGCAAGUUGUUUGCACACCAGGAUGCAGCACUUGGCUCUGAAAAACUUCCUUGCAUCAAGCUCUAGACCUUACAGCAUGUUCUUCUUUCUCCGGUCAAAGAUGGAGAAUUAGGAAGCGAUGGAACCACUGGAGCUGCGCACGGCAGUCAAGUGACAUACAGAGCCUGCCAGGGGCGUUUUGUCGCGGCUCCUGGGAGGGCUUACGUGCAGAUUAGGUGGUAGGCCUCUGUUUAAAGCGAAGCUCGCUCCUGCAAAGGCCAGAGUUGGGAGGUAACGGUUGCGGUCAGUAGUAAUCAGCGGCAACACCCGAUGGAUGAUUUUGAGAAGGCUAUCUUGUUUAGUUUUGAUCAGAGUGGGGCAGUGGACGCCCAGCUCAAGGAGCGCGCUAUCGCUUACUGCAAUCAGGCAAAGCUGCAACCGCAGCCCUGGCGCCUGUGCUUACAGCGGUUGAUUAGUUCUCAGUAUGCUGAGGUCCAGUUCUGGUGCUUACAGACCCUAGAGGAGAUCAUUCGCGGUCAGUAUCUGAGUCUAGAUAGCUCUGAAAAACUCUUCAUCCGGUCCGGAGUGCUCUCAGCCAUAAUCGAAGUUGGGGAGAUCGAUGCGCGGCCCGUCUUUGUGAAGAACAAGCUAGCGCAGAUCCUGGUGCUUCUCGUGUACAUCGAGUAUCCCAAUGGGUGGCCCUCCGUCUUCGUUGACCUACUGCAGGCCCUCAGUCGAGGAGUCUCGGUGGUCGACAUGUUCAUUAGGGUUCUCAUCGACCUCGACGCAGAGGUCGUUAGCUUAGACUUCCCGCGGUCACCAGACGAAAUUGCGGUUUCAAACCGGAUCAAAGAUGCGCUGCGGGGUCAAUGCAUAGGGCAGAUCCUGGAGGCGUGCUAUAGCCUAGUGGUGGCAUACAAAAGCGUAAAUCCUACUUUGGCAGCGGCGACUUUGGAGGCAGUGCAAAAGUAUGUGGCGUGGGUUGACAUCGGGCUCGUGGCAAAUGAGCGCUUUGUGCCACUCUUAUUCGGGUUUCUGGCGUCGGCGGCCGAGCCAUUCAAAUUGCGGGGGGCUGCGUCUGACUGCCUCCUCGCAAUUGUGUCGAAGAAGAUGGAUGGAGUGGCCAAGCUGGCGCUGCUAAGGAGGUUGCAGAUUGUGGAGGUCUGCAAGGGGUUGACCGACGUGAAGGACGCGGAGUUUGCGCUGAAGCUGACGGAGCUGCUCACAGGACUUGCAGAGGAACUGCUGGAGUGCCACCGGAAAAUUGAAGUAAGCACCAGUACGGAUGCUGCGGAGAAGGCCGGCGCGCUGGCGGCAGUGACGGAGAUGAUGGACGAUGUGCUUCCGGCAGUGUUCUACUUCUUGGAACACGGGGAUGAGGACAUCUCCUCGACGACAUUCCAGUUCUUGCAAGCGUACGUGGGCCGCAUCAAGCGGGGCAGCCAGCUGAGCAAGAAGCAGGGGGAGCAUCUGAGCCAGCUGCUAGGGGUGCUGCGCAGCAGGAUGCGCUAUGAGGAUGGGGCCAUGGGCACCCUCGAACAGUUGGACGCUAAAGCCGCCGAGGAGGAGGACCGAAUGGCCGAGUACCGGCGGGAUCUGUUCAUCGUACUGCGGAGCAUCUCCAAAAUUGCGCCCGAAGUCACGCGCGGGUUCGUGCAGUCGAACUUGCUGACGGUGCUGGGGAACAAGGAUGCAUCCGCAGAGGACGUAGAGGGCGCAGUCCAGCUUUUGUACCAGUUGGGCGAGCAGAUCAACGAAGAGACACUCAAGUCGGGCCCCGGGGGCCUCGGCGAUAUGCUCGAAGCGCUCCUGUCCUCCAAAGUCCCACACCAUGCGCACCGGGUCAUUGCGCAGCUGUACCUCGAAACCGUCGUCCGAUACGUCCGCUUCGUAGAGCAACGUCCGCAGUACAUCCCUCCAGUCUUGUCGGUGUUUCUGGACGCUAGGGGCGUUCACCACCCAGACGCAGGGGUCCGAAGUCGCGCGAGCUACCUCUUCAUGAGGCUAGUAAAAGUGCUGCGCCUGCAGCUCCAACCUUUUGUAGAUACAAUCCUUCAGAGUUUAGAAGACCUUUUAGAGGCCAUCACCACCAGCGAGUCGGUGCCCAGCAAAGGCGACGGCACAGACGAGCGCCUGUACAUCUUCGAGGCCAUCGGCCUUCUCGUCGGCGUAGACGAGGUCCCCUCUGCGAAGCAGCAGGAGUAUCUCACUGCGCUCCUGGGCCCGCUGUUCCAGCAACUAGAGUCGGUGCUCGCGAGCAUCCCGGCGGGCGAUCUAGAAGGCCCCGCGACGGCCGUCAACACUCUGCAGCAAGUUAUUCUUGCCAUAGCGUACCUGAGCAAGGGGUUCGGGGAGCAUUUGGCGGCGAAUAAGCGGCCGGAGAUCGGGGCCAACUUUAAGCAGGCACUGGAAAAAGCUCUAAAGGCUCUGCAAAGACUGCCAAAGAACAAGAGUUUACGUAGCAGGGUAAUCUCUUUCGUGCAUCGCAUGGUCGAGUGUUUAGGGACCAACAUUUUCCCGCUGCUCCCAGCCGCCAUCCAGCAGCUUUUAGUUGAUUGCGAGGCCAAAGACAUGAUGGAGUUCAUCCAGCUGGCAAAUCAGCUGAUGGCCAAGUUCAAGGCCGCCGUGAGCCCGCUGCUGGUGGAGCUCCUGCCGGCGAUCGUGGCGCGUGUUUUCGCUCUAGUUCCCGAUGGGGGGCUUCCGGAGGGACCGGGGACCAACACCGAGGACAUUCGGGAGCAGCGGGACCUGUACCGGUUAUACUUGACCUUCAUCCAAACCAUCACGGCCAACGCCCUGACGUCGGCCUUCCUCACCCCUCAAAACAGUCAGUGCCUGACGAAAGUCAUGACCACGUUAGUCGAGGGCGCCCGAGCCCACGCGGACAUGACCGUCAGAAAGAUCUGCUUACAGUGCCUCGUCAAGUUCGCCCAAGAGUGGUGCGGGAGUGGCGCCGAGCCGGAAAAGGUCCCCGGCUUCCGCCGCUUCGUCAUCGAACAGGUCGGCCCCGAGUGCUGCAUCUACAGCAUGAUGCGGCCCGCCUUCAACCUCCGGGACGCCAGUUCCGUCGUUCUCUUUGGGGAAAUUGUGUCAGCGCAGAAAGCGCUAUACGAGAAGUGUGGCGACGACUUUUUGGUGCACCUCGCGACGGUCGCGCUGCCUGCGGUGCAUUGCCCGUCCAACGUCGCGGAACAGUACUGCCUGCACUUGCAGCGGUCGGACGUGAAGCAGAUCAAAGCCUUUUUGAAACCAGUCAUCGAGCAGCUUAGACCGCUGCAAAACGGCAGCCUCGGGUACGGAUAGCAGAUGUAGGUCGGGCGUAGCAGCGGAUAGGCGUAGGACAGGUUGUCGAAUCUAGGUAUCAGUCGAAGAGGGAUAGACAUCAGUUGCAUAGGCGAAUCAAUUGUCUGAUCCAAUUUGUCUAGAUUAUCUGAAUGAAAUGAAUCGUUGAUCGUUCCUGUAGAUCAGACAAUCGAAUGCACUAGCUCAACAUGUGGUGCAGGUUCAAACAGGGAGUGAGCUUCUUUCCUUGCAAAUGGGAGUGAAUUCUGC